CAGCAGUUUUAUUUUUUUAUUUUUUUUUUUUUAUUUUACCUUUGUAUAUUUUCACAAUGUGUUCGGCUUUGACUUCUCCCUUGACUGCCCUUGCUAAAAACGCGUCGUAUAUUAAUUGCAUCCGCUUGAAUCAGUAUGGGAGUCGAGACGAACAUUAUUUUCAAAGGCAGUUAUCAAUAAUUUUAAACAUUAUGUCGUUUAAAUAUCGUAUAAAUACGAAUCGAAUAAUAAAGCCAGAAUAAUUUGCAUUGAUUUUGUUUUGACUGGGCUUAUGACUCGCUUAGAGCGAGAGCAAUUUGAAGUUACGCUUCAUAUGCGAUUUUCCAGCAUGUUGAAAUGGUUCGUUUUGUGCUCAGCCGUGACAUUUCUGAUGUGCACGGCUCAUGUGGCGUUUACGAACUUGAAAUGCAACUUUAUUGAUAAGAGCUAUGGAGACUUUCAAUAUUGCUACAUCAAGGCGGUGAAUCGUACUCACAAAUACAUCAACAUCUAUGCGAAAAUGGUUCCACAAGCCCUUAAUAAUAUAUCGGUCAACAUCCAGUUGUUACGCAAAAGUAAUGGCUAUAAGCCAUUCUUCAUGCCCAAAACGUUUGAUGCAUGCAAGUUUCUCAGAAAGCCAAGCAAUCCACUUUUGAUCGCAUAUUAUAAUACCAUCAAAGAUCACUCCAAUAUCAAUCACACCUGUCCCUAUGAUCAUGACAUUAUUGUCGACAAGCUCUAUACUGGCAAUCAGGAUUUAGCGUUUACGAGAUAUCUGCCCAUACCGCAUGGUGAUUAUGCAAUCGUAAUAUUAUUCUUGGUCCGCAAUGCUGAGUUGAGUAAGAUUCAUGUUUAUAUAAAAAUCACUUGAAAGAGUUUUUAAAUAUCUGUGUGAAAAUAUAUAAUAUACUUCAGACUUAU